AUGCUGGAUAUCGGUCGAGGGUCUCGAGAAGGCGCUACUUUCUUCGAUGCGUCGAUCAAGAACUGCGGUCGGACAAAACAAUGGAGCGCAGCACUGCGGUUACUCCGCGAAGAGAUUCGAUUAGGUGUGCAAUUUGCCCCAAGUCACUACAUGGCGACCAUCAGCGCAUGCAGAAAAGGCGGGCAGUGGCAACACUCGCUGUCAGUGCUUAGUGAAAUGUGGGAGGCGAAGUUGGAGCCCAACGUCAUCUCCUACAGCGCUGGGAUCAGCGCGUGCGAGACGGGCGAGCAGUGGCAGCGGGCGCUGACGCUGCUGAGCGAGGUGCGGGGGGCGAAGCUGGAGCCCGACGUCAUCAGCUACAAUGCUGGGAUUAGCGCGUGCGGGAAAGGCGAGCAGUGGCAACGGGCGCUGGUGCUGCUGAGCGAGAUGUGGGAGGCGAUGGUGGAGACCAACGUCAUCAGCUUCAGCGCUGGGAUCAGCGCAUGCGAGACGGGCGAGCAGUGGCAGCGGGCGCUGGCGCUGCUGAGCAAGAUGCGGGAGGCGAAGUUGGAGCCCGACUCAGCUACAACGCUGGCAUCAGCGCGUGCGAGAAGGGCGAGCAGUGGCAGCGAGCCCUGGUGCUGCUGGGCGAGAUGCGGGGGGCGAAGCUGGAGCCCGUCUCAGCUACAAUGCUGGGAUCAGCGCAUGCGAGAAGGGCGAGCAGUGGCAGCGAGCCUUGGCGCUGCUGAGCGAGAUGCGAGGGGCGAAGUUGGAGCCCGAUUCCAUCUCACUACAAUCUACAAUGCUGGCAUCAGCGCGUGCGAGAAAGGCGAGCAGUGGCAGCGCGCCCUGGCGCUGCUGGGCGAGAUGCGGGGGGCGAAGCUGGAGCCCACCGUCGUCAGCUACUGCGCUGGGAUGAGUGCGUGCGCGAAGGGCGAGCAGUGGCAGCGGGCCCUGGCGCUGCUGAGCGAGAUGCGGGGGGCGAAGCUCAAGCCCGAAGGCAUCUCAUGUACAAUGCUGGGAUCAGUGCGUGCGCGAAUGGCGAGCAGUGGCAGCGGGCCAUGGCCCUGCUGA